AUGAGCAGCUCAGGAUGAAGGUCUGUUAUACUUUGAUCUGCAUCCUCUUCCUCACAGCUCUGCAGGAUGGAGAAACUGUGGAAACCUACAGAGGAAAGGAAGGAGGAAGCAUCACAGUUAGAUGUGAAUUUAAGAACUCUGGAAGCAGGAGGUUCCUCUGUAAGGAAACCUGUGAAGGAGGAAAUAUUCUGAUUAAUACGACUGAGGACAUGUUAAACAAAGACAGAUACAGCAUUAGAUAUGAAAGAAGGGAUAUCUUUUCAAAUGAUUAUCUGCAUGUGAGCAUCACAAAGCUAAAAAAGUCAGAUUCAGGACGGUACCGCUGUCGCUCUGAUACAUGGAGGGGAACUCAAUAUGAAGAUUUUAUUCUCUCUGUGACUGAAGAUUCUUCAGAACCAAAAUGGACUCUGGGACCUUUUAUUAGAUCAACUUUUCUCCCAGCAGCCUCCACAACAACAACAACAACACAGAGUCUGAGUUCCUCACCUUCUCCAUCCUCCUCUGCAACCAGCAGAGUCUCUGAGAAACCAGCUGCAGCUUCAGAUCUGUGGCUCUAUGUGGGUCUGAUUCUUUCCAUCCUGAUCAUCAUGUUAGCAGCAGCUCUGCUCAUCUUCUUCAAGAGGAAGAGCUUCAGUCAACAGAAAGGUUCAGGAGAAACAGAGUACUGCAACUUCUCUGAGGCUAAAGAUGGUGCAGUAGAGUACUCUGAGCUGAAACUGAAGAAUGAUGCCACUAGUUCACCCAGCAGCGCCCCCUGUGGUCAGGCAGAUAAUGUGACCUACUCUGAGCUUAAGGUAGCAGUGAGCUCUGCAAACCACAGCCAUAAUGAUUCUCCUCUCUAUUCCAUCAUUACCUCAGAAAGACGAAUGUUGUCAUCUAAUGUUCGUAGACAAAUUAAAGCACCAAUUGCUCUGAGUUUACCGUCUUCAGCAAACAAUCUGCUGCUCUAUGUGGGUCUGGUUCUUUCCAUCCUGAUCAUCAUACUAGCAGCAGCUCUGCUGAUUUUUCUCAAGAAAAGAAGCUUUGGUCCACAGAAAGUGAAAACAGAGUUUGCUGAUAACGCAAUGGUCGACAGAGUUUAUGAGGAGAUCAGAGACCAGGACAGAGAAAACAAACCACUUCCUGAGGAAUUAGCUUCAGUUUAUGUUUACGCCAAACCCUGCAACCCAAACUCAGCUGAAAGCAACGAUAUAUACAGCCUCGCCAGCGGCCCUCAGAACAAAGUGGAGGUCGAUGAGUGUACCGGCUCACCAAACAACGCCCCCUGUGGCCAUGCAGAUGAUGUCACCUCCUCUAAACUUCAGAUAGCUGCGAGCUCUACAAUCAACGACUAA